AUGACUGUAUACUUGUAAAAUUUCCGUAAAUUCGCGUAAUCCACCUCCCAAAAUCAAUUAUUUUUCGAUUUGGUUUAGGUCUUCAUGCAUCAUGUAACUACUUAAUCAGAUUAUAAACUGAUUUCAUCGGGUAAUUUCCCCUUUUUCCCCAUGUCGUAACUGCUCUUAGUUCAUUAAAUUAACUUUUAUCUUCGGGAGUUUGGCAUCAAAUCGAUUUGCUUAAGAGACAAAUUUGUGUUGUUGUUGGAUUUCCUUUUCUUUGUAGCUGUGUUUGUUUGUAAUCUGUAUGGAUUUGUUGUUCUUAUGUCGUUAUAUAGUCAAAUUGCUGCAAUAACUCUUUGUUAUGUGUAGAAUCUGAAACUUCUGAGCUGUAUAACAUCUUCGUUUUCAGUUUUCUUUCGUUAUUCAACUUGUUUGCUCUAAUUAUAGAUCAUCAAACAAUUUACACCUGUCCUUUUUGAUAAAGAGCAAGGACUUGAUUUUGGGUGUGUUUCAUGAAACUGUAAUUCUCACAUAUAAUCCCAAGUCGCCUAGGGUUUUGGCCUUCCAGUUCCUUUAAUCAAGAAAUCUUGAGGGAUUUGGCUGUAUCCAGAAUGGAUUAUGGUCGAGAAAGUGGAAAUAAUGUUGUUCAAAUAAUAACAGGAGGGAUUCCAAGAAAUGGAAUCGAUAACUGGGGCGAUCAAGCCGUUUGGGCAACAGAAGAUGAAUAUGGUAUUUGGGAUAGGGAAGCAUCUGUUGAUAUUACUUCAAAUUCUAAUCACAAUGGGAGGCAAUCCCAAAUUAGAUCUGGCAAUGCGCAGUUAGGGGAUGUACAGGCUACUAGUCGAUCGAAGGCGAUUGGAAAAAUGUUUUUUAAGACGAAAUUGUGUUGCAAAUUCAGGGCAGGGACUUGUCCGUAUAUAACGAAUUGCAAUUUUGCACAUAGCAUUGAAGAACUCAGAAGACCUCCGCCGAAUUGGCAGGAAAUUGUGGCUGCUCAUGAAGAAGAAAGAGGUGUUUCGUCUCAGCUGAGAGAAGAAUAUCAAAUUCCAUCACUUGGAUCGUCUAGCUUCACAGUAGACAGUCAGAGAUCUUCAAAAGGGAGACAUUGUAAGAAAUUCUUCACUGAAGAGGGGUGUCCGUAUGGUGAUAAUUGCACUUUUCUUCAUGAUGAGCAAUCAAGAACUCGAGAAAGUGUAGCAAUUAGUUUGGGUCCGGGAUCUGGUGGUGGAUAUGGUGGUGGAGGAGGAGGAGGAGGAGGAGCAAGCGGCGAUGGAGGAGGAGGUGGUGGAGGAACGGUAGCGGCAGCUGCUGCUUCUGCAACAGCAUCCAAUCCCACCAUAAAGCCUUCAAAUUGGAAAACAAGGAUCUGUAAUAAAUGGGAGCAAACGGGAUAUUGCCCAUUUGGUAGCAAGUGCCAUUUUGCUCAUGGAGCCACAGAACUGCAUCGAUAUGGUGGUGGGCUUGUCGACACAGAUGCUAAAGAUUAUGUUUCUCCUUUGGACUUGAAUAAGCCAGGAAUCAUGCCUUCAAAACCUCCUGCUGAUAUCAUAGUAGCCUCUUCCCCAUCAUCUGCCCAUACUGAUGGUUACCAUGUCGGAGCUCCGUCUCAGAGGCUUCCCGGUGUCAUCCCUAGGACCGGGCAGAGACCGUUUCAGAAAUGGAAGGGACCCGAUAAAAUUAGCCGUAUUUACGGGGACUGGAUUGAUGACAUCGAAUAGGCAUGCCUUACAAUGUUAGUUCUCGUUUCACAAACUUUACUCAAAUCCAUCUACCCUUUUGGGCAUAUACUAGAUUUCUUCCAUAUAAAUUAUGUUGUUGAAAAGCUUCAAUUUUUCUCGUCUGUAAUCGUAAUCAUGAAUCGAACCAUCUCUAUUCAGUUCCCACUUUUUUAGAUUGGAU